GCUCGGUGAAUCCGAUAAAGUUUCGAACAUUUCCGAAUACUUGUCGAUGUGAAAGAUUCGGAAAACAUUCCCGUCGUUCAUUUCGUAUUAAACAUGGCGGCCGUUGCCGGUUGACUAGCAGCUAAAUACAGGAAUUGCACCGACCUGUGAUUGGAAGAUAAAAAUAGUAUUUCAGUGACGAUGACGUGACAAUUCGUUACGUUAGCCGUUUCAAGAGUAAUGGUUUUUACACGAAAAAGACAGUCCACAGGAAAAUACAAUAAAAUAUUAAAUAUUUCUCAAAGACAAACGGUGCAGUAUUCUUUUGAAGUCGGCUGACUAGCUCGCUAAGAGUCAAUGUCCUAUCGAAGUUGAAGUUCAACUGUCGCAAAUCGGAUAACUUCACUGAGUGAUUCUGAGAUGAAACCUUUUGUCUGCAUCCACAUUGAUCUUAGAUUUUACCACUUACAUAUUGAAGAAAAGCCAUAAACAGAGCUUCAAUGUCCACGUACACCCGACUGAACCUCGGUGCGAUUCCUGCAGAUACCGCUGUUCAUACUAAAUGCAGGAAUUGCACCGGACGCGUUCUCGUCCCCAGAGUCACUCUAAGUUGUAACAAAAGAGCACGUGACCAAGAAAGACGGGCUCUGGGAACGAGAAUACACCGGACGCUCAUUGGUCGAAUGCGCAACUUGGCAUAAAUUAAAUAGCCGCGGGAAACUUUAAUUGAUUUUCUCGCGUUUUGAUUUUCGCUUGAUAGGACAAGACUUAGGCCACUGGAAAUAACACAUCACUUGUAUUCGAAGUUAAAUUAUACUGAAGCAGGGGUUAUAGGAUCCUGACUAAAGGUCAUCUAAACCUCGGGCUGAUUGUUCUUUGCCUUUUUUCUUUUACUGCUUGACUUUACAAGUGUAACAUGCUCUCCUUGGUGAGUAUAUCGAAUCUGAAAUACCUCAGCAAUGUAAAAAUAAUGGUCACCUAAACAGCCUGGUUAAAUCCCAUCAUGUCCUUUGGAAGAAACAAAAAUCCCCUUUUCAGCAAACCGAAUAAUCAUUGCGUUUCAGCACGUAGCUGCGAGGACCAUUUGACCUGCCACAGGGGUGGGUGGGUGGGGUUGAGUUUUCGCAGAAAAAAGUCUGUGGAGAAACUAAAGACGAGUCAAUGCUUGUUUUAAGCUAAUAGAGUUACAUGUCAUGUUCACUGCAAAAUUUAGGAAAAGGCGGUCCACCUGUAAGAGUUUGCUGAAAUUAGCUCUUGUAUUUACACUUUGUGUACCUGUGGAUAACAUUUCUACAUUGAUUUAUAUUUUUAUUCAUUUUUUUUUUGGGGUGGAGGGAGUUGAGGGCAGUCAAUGACUAAACACUCAUCUGAAUGAAUCUGAACUCUAUUCCAUGCAGGCUGGUGACUGGCAAAAGUGCAGUAAGCAAGUAACCUCUUCUGCCCUUACCAGCCAUACCAGGAGAGAGGCCUUUGAAUUCAAUUUACCCCCACAAAAUCCCCUCGAAAUGCUGAUGGUGAUGUUGUUGUGUCAGAUUCUCCAAGAAUUACAACAAACCCCUUUUCAUUGAAAAAACAAUACCACCGUUUAGUCUGUUAACAACAUGGGAUAAGCAGCUAAGCUUCUGGCAGAAAGAAGAGAAGGGUUACUAUUAUCUGCAGCAUGGCUCCCAAUGUUUUGGCAUAUCUGAUGUUAAAGAUAUGUUAAAAGUACAUUAUGCAAGGGAUCUACAAAGGGCCGUCCAAGCAGAAUUAAACUGGUUUUCAGAACCAUACAUUAAACCACUGACUGUCCAAAUGUAUCCUCCAGAAAGUUCCAUAAAGAAAUUUCAGGAAAUUCUAUACUUGAAUCGUUUUGAUUAUAUUAUUCCAAACUAUGACAUGACACCAAAUGAAGUGGCUUCUCUCUGUGUCACACGAUGGGUUUUAAGUGACCUUCUUGACAGUAUUUACACACAUAUGUACUGUUUCAUGCACUCAAAAACUGUUUAAUUUGGUUUCUGUACAUUUGAAAUCUUCUGUUUGUUUUAAAUUUGCUUUUUGUUUUGCAAAACUACUACCAGGGAUAAUCAACUUUUUGCCGGCUGUGAAAUAUAGCCCCAAGCUGUGAGCAUGAAUGUCUGGCUUUCUUAGCAUUAUAUAAAUCAUUGCCGAAAUGUUAUCUAGGUAACAGAUAUAUACGUUGGCUAGUUUAUACAUAAGCUUAAUAUAUGUAUGUUGUGGUUCAAUUUUGUCCUUGGUUUAUAUUUUCCUUUGUUUUUGUGUAUGGUAAUCUAUGAUAAUGAGUUUACAAUAAAGGAAACUAAAAUUUAAACCAAGGAUCAAAUUGAACCACAACAUAUACACUUAUAUAAACAAACUGUGUUAUUUUUCCUUUAAAUUAUUAAUAACAAACAAUAAAUGCAUUGUUCCAGGAAAUAUCCAUAGUCCCUCCAAGGAUGGUAUUUUCCUUGGGAUGCCCCCACCAUUCGGGAAAUUCCACGUUAAUUUCAUACUUUUCUUUAAAAAUCUUGGUUUUCAAACCCCCUCCCUUCAGAAUUUUCCUUGGGGUUGGUGGGUAUGUUUAUUUUCUGGAACCACACAAUCCAAAUAAAUUACACUAGCCUUUUGAGGGAGAAACUCCUGUAUAAAAGUUACAGGGAUUGCUUGUCUUCUAACUUAUCAAGUUGUCUCAUCUCAGUAAAGGCAUAGAAAUACACAGAAUUUGAUCUCACUUAAUUGGUAUGUUUAUAUUGGGGGUGGAAAGUCAGUAAAUAUAGAAAUAUCCAUUUACAAAAGCCCUGCACAUACUUUACUGCUAAUAGUGUUGAAGUGGACUCCUCGAGGGGGUCAAAGAAAGUCUUUGGUACACUAAAUUUUCUAAUGAGCCGCCCUGUGCCUAUUGUAUAGAACCCCCCCACCGGCACACUAGCUACAAAGUUAAAUAAAAGUUAUGUCACUUACACAGUUGUUCCCUGUGAUUCCCUGGUACCUCUAUUUUGUGUUCCCAAUAGAAACUUUAGCAUGAUUCAUUGCAUGCCCUCCAACAACAGUAUUAAUUUUUAAUACAGACCUUUGUCGCAAGACUAUAUUGAAAAGGGAUCGAUGUCUUGUCGCGGUUCAAAAAAAAAAAAAAACUCUGGGGACGAGAACGCGUCCGGUGCAAUUCCUGCAUUUAGUUUGAACAGCGGUAUCUGCAGGAAUCGCACCGAGGUUCAGUCGGGUGUACGUGGACAUUGAAGCUCUGUUUAUGGCUUUUCUUCAAUAUGUAAGUGGUAAAAUCUAAGAUCAAUGUGGAUGCAGACAAAAGGUUUCAUCUCAGAAUCACUCAGUGAAGUUAUCCGAUUUGCGACAGUUGAACUUCAACUUCGAUAAGACACUCUUAGUGAGUCAGCCGACUUCAAAAGAAUACUGCACUGUUUGUCUUUGAGAAAUAUUUAAUAUUAUAUUGUAUUUUCCUGUGGACUGUCUUUUUCGUGUAAAAACCAUUACUCUUGAAACGGCUAACGUAACGAAUUGUCACGUCAUCGUCACUGAAAUACUAUUUUUAUCUUCCAAUCACAGGUCGGUGCAAUUCCUGUAUUUAGCUGCUAGUGCCGGUUGUGUUCGUUUAUGAGUUUUUCCAGAUCUCGUGCAGGCGUGCAAGUGAGUGAUUGUCUAGACUACAUAUUUCCUAAGGCGUUUCUGAAAUAGUAAGAUGGCUUGUAGUCGUCGAGCCUUAAAAUCGCUCAUUGAAGGUCCAGAAUUCAGCUUUCGUAACAUUGUGAGGUCCUGCACUGCUCGCUUUUUCUGCGAACAUCCAUCGCCAAGGCUUUCAGCAAAGGCCGCAAUACCUCCUUUCGGAGUUUUGCUCGAUAUCGAUGGAGUUCUUGUUAGAGGCCGGAAACCUAUUCCGGGAGCAAGGGAAGCCCUAGAAAUGCUCCGACAGUCAGAAGUCCCAACGGUGUUUUUGACGAACGGUGGUUGUGAAUCGGAGAAGGAAGCUGCUGAACGACUUUCUGACAAGAUCGGCUUUGAGGUUAGGUAAUUCCUUUUGUUCUAAUUUUUAAUUGUUCCCUUGGUAGCGGUUUCACAACAACUUAAUUAAGGAUUUAUACUUCAAUCCUAAACUUCCAAACUGUCUCAAACCUCUCCCCACCCUCCCCCUUGUUACCACAUUCUUGUUUGCAACCACGUGACAGACCGAAUACAAAAAGAGUUUAGUUGCGUUGUUCUUGUCAAUCAAAGAGUGAGAUGAAAAUAUUAAAAAAUUGCUUGUCCUUUAGCCAAGCUGUUGCUGACGUUUACUAGCCUGGGGCAGUUGUGCAGGCCUACCAACCUCCACUUUUCCACUUAUUCUAUCUCAGAAAAUGUUUCUUGCCUGUGAAUAUUUAAGAGAUGCUAGCCUGACAGGUGGUUCCACUAGCCCUAGGCUUUUGGACAACACUUUUAAUUUGUGGUGUCCUGAAUCAACAUGGCUAUCAGACAUCACAUGCAAACCAGCAAUUUCAACAGUUUAAUGAGGCGUUUACACUGCAUGCUGCAUAAGGCUGUGCUCUAGCAGAGCCCGGUGACUCAUGGUUCCUAACUUUUGUUCUUGGGGACUAGAAAAUCUUAGCUUUUUCAUAGAAAUCAUGUGGUGGGAACACUGGAUUUCACAAGUUCAGAGCACUGGGCUCCCUUCAAUUUUUCUUACAGCACAGCCUUGCUGCAUACCAACAUCUCUUAUUUCCUUUGCUGUACACAACAGGUCCCAAUUAUUGUUUAUAGGGUGAAUAACGCUAUCCACUGGUAAAUUUUCUUUCCAGCAAAUAAUGCAAUUGUUUCCCCCUAAUCAGGGUUGUCACUAAGAUUUCAAGUUGCCGGGUAAAUACAACAAGUAGGCGGGGAAUCAAACGGCUAGGCAUUUCUUGCGGUUCUAUUUUUCUUCUAUUUUCCAAUAAAAGUAGCUGGGGGCCACUCUCUUAGUAGCCGGGGAAAAUCCCCGGCCCCCGGCUCUUAAUGACAACCCUGCCCUAAUACUCGCGGUAUCUGCUGGAUGGUCAUUUAUCCAGUGGAUAGCAUCAUCCAACUUUUGAACAACAGGGGCUAGAUGACUUUAUCUGAUGAUUUGUUGUCAAACAGGAGCAGCCAUCUGGUUGCAUCAGCAAAUUAUGAGUGUUCUAAACAUGACCAGUCAGUGAUUUCAUCAUGAUUUGUUACACCCGAGUCAGAGAAAAUGAAAUAUCAAUGUGCGCAAUCGAAUGUUGAUGCACUUGUUUUGUCUAAAUUCUAAUAAUUGAAGUGAAAUAAAAAACUCUCUUCCCUAAUUUCAUGAGUUUACCCAUUUGAUUACCUAGUAUCUUAAACUGGUGACAAAUUGCGCUGACAAUCAUGGUUUUUUUACUUAUUUAUCAUAUUGAGAACUUCAUGCACUAAAAACGUUUAGGGCAUUAAUUUUGGCUUAAGUUCACAAGUUUCUGAAUUUUUUGACAAAAUACCUGUUAGAAUCCCUCUUGAUGCACUCUUUUGUGUGUCUAAAUUGUUUUUUAAUGCCCUGACUUCUAUAUUCAUAAAAGUUUUAAAACUUCAAUGCCAUCUUGCCAGAAAAUUUUUCAGCUCACCCUGGAUUCUGGGACCUUUCUUUAAAUAAAGGAAAUGCUUUUGCAGGCUACUAUAUCAAUGUUUUAAAAUAAGUUACCCUUGGUUACGAUCUAUUACAGUCGAACCUUCCGUCAGCAACCACCCAAACUGCAAAGACUGAGUGGUAGCUUACAGGAGGUGGUCGUUUACAAGAAUUGAACCACAGGGGUUCAUUCAGGCACAUCUACUUUAUGGAAGAUAAUUUAUUGCUUGCAAUGUCUAAGUUAGGAUAUGUGUAGUUCAAUAUUGUCACUAAAGUUCUUCGUAUAUUCUAAGUAAUAUAGUGCAUGUACAGCAAAAAUAGAGAUCAGAGAAGGCAUCAAGUGGUUGUUUAUAAGAGAUUAGAAGCAAUGGAAAAUCAUUAACCAUCAGGCCCAAAAAGUGGUCACGGUCGUUUAACGGAGGUGGUUGUUUACUAGAGGUUCCAACUAUAAGGCUUUGACUGGGACAGUUUUGGUAUUUUGGAUAAGUGACCUAUGGGAGGUGGUUCGACUGUAUAUCUAUAUAGAGAGGUACAUGUUAAGUGGACAAUAGACAAUAUAAACAUGUAGGAAUCAGUUAUACUAAUGGUUCUCUGAUCAAUCUAUGUGUACAAUUAUGUUAAAGAUCAAAAUUAAAUUCAGGUUGAAAUUAUUUUUUUUAACCUGGGGUGAUUCUCAAUUUCCUCUAUCUUCUAGCCCUAAUUAUUCAUGAAUAAGAAUCAACCUAGGUCAAAGAAUUUUAACCUGGAUUUAGUUUUGACCUGAAACAUAUAGUCUCUAAAUCCUUUUGUUCAUUGUUUUUUUUUUGGUUUGGAAGAAGCCAAUAGCCUUCUAUUCAGGAGUGUUUUACUGAGAACUAAUGAUAACUUCCCCACAUGGUUUAUUUUGUAGGUCAGAGAGGAGCAGAUGGUUUUGUCACAUACUCCUCUAAAGAUGUUUGAUUGGUUACAUAACAAGCACGUGUUGGUGUCUGGACAGCUAAACAUUAAAGAGAUUGUUAAAGGGUAUCCUUGUAUAUUCUACUGAUUAUAUCAGAAAGAUAACUUAUUAAACUAAAGGCUGUUACUGGGUACUUAAUCAAAAAAGUAAAAAACAUCUGUAGGUGGAUGCAAGUUCAAGAAAGCCUUUAACUAAAUUUAUUUUUAAAAAACAAAUUAAUUUUAAGUUGCUUAUAAAAUUAUACCAGAAAAACAUCAAAAGGCCUCUCCCUCUAAUGAUGACUUCUAGUGAUUAGAACCAUUAUGAAAUUUUUGUUACAUUUAUUUUGCUAUGCCAUAAACAAUUUCCUGACAGUGUUUUAACAUUCUUGUUAACAAAAUUAUCUAUUUUCAUGGAUUUUUGUGGUAAAAAACUGUGUCCCCAAUGAAAGUUUCUUCUCAUACCCACCUGCUGAGCAAUUAAAAGUCUGAAAACUCUGGAUAAAAAAUUACUUUAUUAAAAGACAUUUUAUAAUGUUUUUUGUUGUUGCUGUUGUUUUCUUUUUUAUGGUAAAAUAAUGGAGCAUUUUUAGGCUGAUGGCAAAAAAGGUUUUACAGUUGACUCUCUCUUAAUGGCCACCUCUAAAAGAUAGACACUUUGGUAAAACAGACACCUAGAGUUGGUCCCUCCUUUUCUUUGCUGCCUUUAUUUGACUUUCUAAAAGACAGACAUCACUCUUAGACAGAUACUUGGUGACAGUCCUAAAGGUGUCUGUCUUAGAGAGAGUUACAUGUAUAUGUUCUGUUGUGGUGCAAUUUUAUCCUUGGUUUAAAUUUUAUUUUCCUUUAUUUCAACUCAUUAUUGUACAUUACCAUGCCCUAAAGUAAAGGAAAAUAAAAUUUAAACCAAGGAUAAAAUUGAACCACAACAUAUAUAUAUAUAUAUGUUUUACCCCCAGGCAUAGUCUUUAUGUAGCCAGCAGUUUGAACUAAUGAUCUCCGGGUUGUUGAAACUUGAAACAUAGAUAACUAGCUGCUUCUGCACAAUGUUUAUGUGCCUUGUUUUCCCUUGAUUAUGAACAACAGAUAUGGAUUUAGGAGUGUUUCAGAUAUAGAAGAUAUCAGAAGAGCUUAUCCUUUGCUAGAUAUGGUUGACAGAGAGAGGAGAUUUAAACCUGUGAGAGUGUAAUCUUUUGUAUUUUGUGACCUUUGGGGAUUUUAAUAAUAUUUAAAUAUUACGGUCCUCCAGUCUAAAUGGUGUGGACCUAUAAUUUGUAGCUAGUAUCUUGAGAAUCUGCAACUUUUGAUGUUUUUUUUUCUGUGGAAGUGCUUCCAAUGAUCUUCCUUUGUUUAUGAGUGUUCAUACGUGUAGCUGCAUGCAUGGAGAAUUUUUUUCUUGAUAUAUAACUGAACCUUUGAUUACUGGACUUGUAUGUAAUGUGAUUAUCUGGAAAACAUACAUUACAAUAGCAGUCUUAGACAAUAUUCACAAAAAAUAAAACGGACAAAGACAAAACAAAAAUCGUAAACUUGACCUGACCAUUACAUAUUAUAAAUAUAAGGUGCUGCCUGAUAGCCCAAGGCUAGUGGAUCAAGCAACAUUUCAGGGCAGCAUGUUUCAAUUACCAGCUGUUCAAUGGGCAAGUUAAGCAACAUCAUAGAAAAAAUGCUAGUGAAAAGGGGAGUUGGAUGGCUUGCACCACUUCUCCAGGCUACUAGUAAACUUCAGCAACAGCUUGCCCAAAAAUUAAUGGCAAGUGAUUUUUUAAAUUUUCAUCUCAUCCCAGUGAGGCAUACUCAUUUUUUCUUGAAUUUUGUUUGCUGACUGUUUGAAAAAGUUUUUUUUCUUUUUGUUACCAGAUUACCCAGUUUGUAAGACAAAUGUCAAAACAAAAGAUUUAACAGAUUUGAUUCAAAUUAUUAUUGUGUAGUGGGAAAUUAUUAUUUUUCUGUGAUAAUGUUUUCCUUUGCUUUCUGAUUUAUUCAGCUAGGUACCCCACCUGAGGAAUUGCCACCCAUUGAAGGUACGAAUAGUUGGAAUAAUGGCCCUUCACCAUGUUGGGUAGAAAAAUACCUUUACGGUCUAGUCUAAAUACAAUGAACUGAAUGCUUCUCUCUCAAGAAAAACUGCUGUUUGAAUAUUAUUAAUGUCAGUUCAAAUAUCCUUUUUGCCACAUUUACGCAUAUUCAAACCAUGGUGAGAUCAUGCAACUGACAAGUGAAUAAUAUAUAGUGAAAACUCUUGUAAGCAGGCACCCUUGGGACCUUAAAAAAGUGUUUAUUACUGAAGCUGGCUGCUUACAAGAAGUGGCCAACUACAACUAAACACUGGAAAUGUAAAAAAAAACCUGUUUGUUAGUGUUUGGCUAUAACUGUUGUUCUGACAAGAUUGUAGUUCAGUCACAAGCAUGAAAGCAGUGUUUUGAAGUGUAACCAGAUGUGUAUGUAUAAUUAUGUAGCAGCCUUAUACGUAAACACAGCAGUGUCUUAUAAAUCAAACAUAACAAAAAUUUAUUAUUGCUGCCCUUAUAUUUCAAUUCUAUAUUUAUUUGAAAAGAGCAUAAGCUGUGUUUCAGAUUUCCUCAGAAUUUUAGUGUGUGACAUGGUUGCCAUGCCAGGAAAAGAGGUUCUGCGAUACAUGUAUUUCUAGUUUAUUAAAAUACAAAAUUCAGAGGCAUAUGAGAUUUCAUUUCAGUUUUCCACUUUAGGGAACUUACAAAGAAAGCUAAAAUCUUUCUCAUAAACCCUGAAGUGUCCUCAGCCGCCUACGAAAAUUGUCCCCUUGUGAGAAUAUGAAAAAGAUGAGUUUGUAUGGGAGUUGAAACAGGAUUUUGUGAAGGCGGCCAUAAGUAUAGCUGUCUUCCUACGAGUGUCUGUUAAGAGAGCUUCCACUGUAUUUUGUACUGUUCCGCUGUUAAGACAAAUGCAACAUGGUUGAUGACUUCAUCACAUAUUUCAGCAAAGUGGAAAUCGUUUUUUAGCCAUUCAAGUGUUUGCAUUUGACCACAGAGCCUACAAAAUUUAAGGGAGAAUACUGCCAUUUCCAUAAUGUGUGACAAAACUGCGAAAUAAGUCUCAUUGCAAUAAUAAAACCACAGGAUCUUUCCUGUUUGCUUUCUUGUAGCCAUACUCUUGCUUGGAGAACCAGUGCGAUGGGAGACUCAUCUUCAGUUGAUCAUUGACAUCCUUGUCACUAAUGGAAACCUGCUGUCAAUUUCCCAGUCUCCCUGCAAGAAAUGUAUUCCAGUUAUAGCAGCUAAUACUGAUCUUAUCUAUAUGUCAGAAGUUCCUUUACCAAGGUAUGAUGAUGUACUUAAACAUAUAACUAUGAAUUACCAGAUUAUAAUGAGUUAUAGGACUGUAUGUAGUUUUAGACUGGUAGACUUCCCGUAGCUACGUACAUGUAUGGUUGUGAGGUGCAGACACUUGGAAAAAUGACCUUUUAAAGAAUUAGGCCCGGUUCAGACGCCGAACACUUCCCCUUACCCACCCCCCCUCCAAAUUAAAGAUGGGGAAAUGGCAUGUUUUGGCCUUUUGAUUUUAGGGGAAAGUGGCAUUUGCUCUUCUGUUUUAUUCUGUCCAAACUUGUAGUGCCAAUAUUUUCCCUAAUCUAUAAAACAUCAUAUAUUGCACCAAAUUAUUGACUGUUUCAGACAACAUUGCCAAUUUGUCUGGUCCUGUGGGUGUGCGCCUACUGUUACAGAGGUUUAGACUAAAUUAUUGAUACAUACAUUAUUAUACAUUAUUGAUACAUGUACAGAACACCGCUUGAUUAUUAUAGCUGUGGUAAACUAGCCUGCAUUCAUAUCCAUUAUAUUAUUAUCUUAUAGAUUUGGACAUGGAGCCUUUCUUUUAAACCUGGAGGUUCUUUACAAGGUACUAGACAUAUAUAAUAUUAUUUUCAAACUUAAUAGUGUCCCACAAUUGUUUAAUAAGUGAAACAGUUGAGCCACUAAUAAUGGAUUAUAGCUUGCUUUAAACAGAUUGAAGAGAAAAACUAAUGCCUUGCAUCCCUACUUAAUUUUAUAGGUUAAUACCCCAUUUUAUUAUUAGACAAAAGACAUAUAUAGAAAAGCAUAGCAGCAACUCACCUUUUUUACAGCUUGUGUACACUGAUAUGAAAUAUUUAUGCUUCAUUCUUCUGCAUCAUCCUGUUUGGUUUAUAAAAUGUUAUUUAGGGGUUUUGUCUUUGGAAUAGAGUAAUACUUGAUAUUGUUUUUGUUUUUGUUGUUGUUUUUUUAAUCAGAAAUUGACAGGACGAGAAUUGGUUUACACAGAAUUUUUGGGUAAACCUUUCAUUUCAAGUUACAAGUAUGCAGAACAUUGCCUCUAUCAAAACAGUGGAAGUAGCCGUGGGCAAAUAAAAUCACUUUAUGCUGUUGGGUAAGUAAAGAACAAGCUCAAGCGCAGAAGGCUUUACAACUUUUAGGUCAGUUAUUGAAAAUGAAGUCUAGCAUACAGGACUGCUUUGAGAAAAUCCCUGACCCCCAAGAUUAUGUUUUUGAUAUUUUAGGUAGGUAGAGACUGAGAUAGAUACAUGUAGGUUUGGCAUGGUGGUAGUAUUAUAUAAGAAGAACUCAAAUUAAGAUUUAUGGUACAAAUGCUUGAUAGUUGAACACUCACGACUCAAUCUGUUAAGUGUUUCUUAGGGCUUCAGUAUAUUGGCUUUCAGCAUUUGUGGGGCUUUUUUAAAUCACAAUGCCCAACUCCUCCCCCACCCCAAAAACAAUGUUUGACACAUGUAUCCCAAAGUUUUCCCAAGUUCAAAAACUCAUGUGGUUUCAACAUUAUUAAAGUGGGGAGGGGAGAAAGAACUGCAGGGCAUUUUCCAAUAUAGAGCAAUAUUUUGUGGGGACACCAAAAAAUUACAGAUUAUUACAAAUAUUGCUUCACUGAUCCAAAGGCUUUUGUCCAAUUUUGUGACCUACCACUGGUUUCACCAUGAAAUGACAUGUGAGAAAAAAACGCAGAAAUUUCAUACUGAUGCCAAGUGACUACCCAGAUCUUGGUUGUGCUUCUGAUUGACUGAAGCAAAUUUCACACACUGUACGACCAAUCAGAAGAAUCACCCAGAUGGAUAGUGAAGUAUCAUCAGUAUGGAAUUUCUGCACUCAUUUCUUAGGGGCCUUUUCGCAGGGGAGCCAGUGGUGACAUCACGAAAUGUCGCAUGUUUUCUCAAGCUAGGAUUGAAGUCACAAUCCAGUCACUGUUCACCUGACCAAACAACCCUUAGCAGUUUUAAAACACCAUUUGCAUGAUGAAAUCAUUUUACUACUGCAACCAGAAUCCUUCAGGGUUAUGCUUUCUUGUGCAAAUUAGGUCUUUUGUUAUUUAAACCUCGCUGGGAUUAGAAAAAUUAAAUACAAAAGGAAAAACAAAAAGGAUUGUGGCCGUACUAGAAAAACGACACCAUCAUGCAAAUGGCCUAUUAUUUUAUUGAUCUCUAACAUCUGCUUCUCGUUCUGUUAGUCAAUAAACUGCGUUGCCCAAGUCUCUUUUGUUACGAUGAACACUUACUAUAGAAAAUUUUGUCCAUAUUUUGCAGUGAUAACUUGGACACAGAUAUUUAUGGAGCCAAUAUGUGUAAUGAGUAUGUAAAGGCAUUUCACGAAUCCAAUGGUUCAGGUACUGAAAAUCAACUUAGAGACCUCACUAGUUGCCAGGAAAAACAUAGUGCAGUUGAAUGGUCACCAGAGGUAAAGAACAUUGAGUCUAUUUUAGUUCAAACUGGAGUAUCUUUACCAAGUGAUAAUAAUCUCACAACCAAUGAAGGAGCUCGAUAUCUUCAUCGGGAUUUAGAUUUUCAACCUCGAUUCAGAAGAGCUAAACAUGUUGUAGAAAACAUUGCUGAUGCAGUUGAACUGAUCUUGAAAGAAGAACAAGAAUGUUCCUAAUACUUGAUAAGUUCGUUUUGGAAAUUGUACAGUCUGCAGUUUGCCCAUCAUUCUUCUGAUUCUUUAAUGGUUCCUGAGUAUCUCAGUACACUAAAAACAUCAGGUUAUGAUGUGGCAUGAAUGGAAAAAAACAUUAGUUAUCUAGAUUCCUGGCUUGUAUUAUAAAAAAAAUUAAUAGGGAAGUAUUUUCAAAUUUUUUAUCUUAUUUUUAUUGCACUGUCAAAAUAUACCCAUUCAUAUUACAACAGUAUUUAUGAUAAUGUUAUUGAUGCUUCAGCACAUACAAAAUCAAUGAGGUAGUUUUUCAAAGAUUGUCUUUAAUGUCAACUAACAACUCUAGAUCAUCCAGCAAUAAGGAAUUAAUAAUGUUAUGAAUUAAACUCAGUACAAGCAUCUUGUAAAAGCCUAAUUCCCCUGCUUUUUCACCCUUUUUUUUUGUUUGAUGUUUUAACAUAAGUCCUUUUUUUGUUUCUGCUAUCUGUUCAAUCUGAGAUUAUAAAAUAUUUAAGAGUUAGAGAAAAAAAAAACUUUUUUACCUCUCCCUCUUCUUUAUUAAUGAGAAAUGUGGAUGGCUUUUCACAACCUCAUUCCCAGGUUCUCUCUCCUACCUGUCGAUCUCUCUCACGCUCUGUAGGAACAGGUAGGAAAGAACCCUGGGAACGUGGUUGGGCUUUUCAUACCUUUGAUCUGCAACUGUUACAGUGAAAAAAUAUCACCAAUAACAUAACUAAGGCAAUGGUCAAGCAAAUGUAGCUGAAUUAUUGAAGAUUUUAUAGGAUAGAUGUAGUCAAACCUUGGACAGUUGACUGUGUUGCUGGGGAAAGAAACUCAUACAUUUUCCCUAAAUUCAACCCGCUUUAUGUGGAUACCCUGUUAAUAUGGACACUUUCUAUGGCCCCAUCAGUGUCCGUAUUGUAUUUUAAAUGACAACUUACCAAUGAUAAUCUCCUUUGCUAAAGAAUAGAACUCAAUAAUAAGUUAGUAAUCAAAGUAAUAAUUAAAAUCUAAUCUUAUUAUUUUAUUAUGCAGUAAUUGAGUGAUCAAAUUUUGUUUGUUUAUAGCAGCCAUAAAAAUAAUUAAUUUUUAAGUUGAUUUGAUGUUUAAUAAUAAAAAAAAGGAUCUAGUCAAACCUCACCCAGACUAGUAGCCCGUCAUGAAAUUAGCUUGCCUCACUAACCUUGAGGAAAAUGUGAGACUACUCGCAGUCUAAACGAUUGAGAUACCUCUUUAGUAUGGAUGGCUCUCUUUGUUCCAAAGUUUCCAAACUUCAUACAAUUCCUACCUCUUUAACACAGUCACAUCUGUAAUGCCAACACUUAGCUCUGCCCUGUUUAUGAACGUAUUUUUACCUUUACCAAGAGUUAUCCCUGCAUCUUAUGUCUUACUGUAACAUUGCUUAAAUAACUUGCUAAGGACAUGAGACUUUCGGAAAUGAUUGCCUAGUUAAAAGAGUCUUGAUUGUUAAGCAAGUUCUCUUCAUAGCUGCAAUAGCUGCUUUAUGGAGGAUAGUUGGGAGAAUAUGCCUGCUGAUAUUGGGUUUCAGAGAAUUCUCUCACAGAGACCCACAGAGGAGGGUAUAAUAGAAGUGAAGUAAAGGGCUUGUAUGAAUGGUGACUCCACAGGAUUUUAUCUCAAGUUAUGUCUUAAGUAUUGAUCUCCGAAAUGAAAAAAUGAUAUUAUUUUCUCUAACUUAUGUAAUAUUAUUAUUGUAAUGGAAAACAUUUUGUCAUAAUCUACCGUAAAUUUUAGCAUCAUUGCUCUUUGCUACUCAGUAAUGUAUGAUUGUAUUGGUUGUCAGUUGUAAUAAUUAGUAUCGACAAGUGACAUUAUUGUCUUCCUUCUGGUAGGAUUGUGUGAAUAAAGUAUUGUUUCUAACUGGAACAGCUGCUAGCUACAACCGGCUCCAGGAUAAAAUCUGCUGCAUCAUAUGGACCAAAAACUAACAAUCAGAGAAAGAACACUUGGGACUUUGACAAAACCCAGCCCAUUGUUCCAUUUUGGUCUUGAUAAAAACAACUGAGAACAACACAUUUGUUCAGGAACAAACUAUUUCAUUACCGGGGAAAGCGUUGGGGACUUACCAAAACAAACUUCCUUUGUUUUUUUUAAUAUGACUAUCACAAAGCCAAAAGAAGAAAUAUCUAUUUUUGAAACUCAAGCUAUUGAAGAGAAUUCCUGCAAAAUAAAUCGCACACUGUCACACCCGCGCCUUGACAGAAAUAGAAUGAUCUUCCUCCCCAAAAUAGAAGGGCUGGGCCUUUCUAAGAUAAACAAACCUCAGUUUCCUUCGCAGCCGUGAUGUCCUUUCUGAAGAUUUGCGUGACAAUGGAGAUUUGGAGGAAUUCGACAUGCAUGCAAUGGCUCGUUGCGUGACAACCCACUAGAACAAGACAGUCUCAGACAUCUCUCAAAAAAUCGGGUGAAAAUUGGAUUUCUUUUGUCAACAAGUAUGCACGUAACAGCAAAAGAUCUCUGAGCCCAUAGCACUUUGUUUCUGGUCGAGGUGAUUUAUCUAGCACGUUUUUAUUGCUGUAACUUUUAGAUCACUUCGUGGGUGGGUCUUG